CGGGUUCGCCCAUCAUCACAGUGUCGCCAGUAGAAAUUCUUUGUCCGCUUGGAUUGAUCACUGUUGGGUCCUUGAGGAAAGUCCUUACCUUCAAAAGCUACUACAGGGGAGCUAAGUAAAUGCCUGAACCCACGCUUCAGUCUUACAUACAGCGUGUGUAAUUGGAGAGUACAGUGUGAACACACGCUUCAGUCUUACAUACAGUAUGUGUGUAAUUGGAGAGUACAGUGUGAACCCACGCUUCAGUCUUACAUACAGUGUGUGUAAUUGGAGAGUACAGUGUGAACCCACGCUUCAGUCAUACAUACAGUAUGUGUGUAAUUGGAGAGUACAGUGUGAACCCACGCUUCAGUCUUACAUACAGCGUGUGUAAUUGGAGAGUACAGUGUGAACCCACGCUUCAGUCUUACAUACAGUAUGUGUGUAAUUGGAGAGUACAGUGUGAACCCACGCUUCAGUCUUACAUACAGUAUGUGUAAUUGGAGAGUACAGUGUGAACCCACUCUUCAGUCUUACAUACAGUAUGUGUGUAAUUGGAGAGUACAGUGUGAACCCACGCUUCAGUCUUACAUACAGUGUGUGUAAUUGGAGAGUACAGUGUAGACACUGAAUAAUUCCCAUGUAUCUGUACGAGUAUUCAAACAAAUGGUAAAAUACAGCAUAGCUGUGGUACAGUUUUCUAAAAAGUCUGGCGAUAUACUGCGACAGUUCACUGAAUGUGAUUGCACGUGGCUGUUUAUCACGUGUUCAUGAGUUUUAGUCAGUGUUUGGAAAGUAGAUAUAUCACGUGAAGAAACAGUUACAAUUAGGUGACUGAUAAGGAUAGUUAAAGCUUUAAAUUUAGAGGAUUGCUUGAAUUUGCGUUUCACAACAUCUAUAGCUUCUUUAUCACAGUGAAAAUUUGAGAAAGUUAAUGUUAAAAUAUAUUAAAUUCAUCAAAGAAUUAUGUGUUUGUACAGUUGCUAAGUUAUAAGUUAGAUUUGAGGAAACUUAGGCCUUGUGCUUAUUUUCAAAGCAUAUAUUUUACUCUGCCUUGAUUCUGCCCAAAUGAAGCUGCUAAAGGACUCAUUGGUUUAAUUAAAUCUAUUAUUAUUUUAUGAUGGACGGGCGGUAACGUUCUGAGGUUCGGCUUAGCGAUGCAAUAGUUGCUGCUAGCUCUGAGUGCCGCUGUUGGUCAAUUUUAGCUAUUUCAUCUACCGCCUUCCCAGUUACGGGUGUACAUGUCACGCAGAAGAGCGUUUGCCGCAUCGACUAACCCGAAUAAGCAGACGUACAGUCUGUCGCACUGAAUGUAAAGCAGCCUUCAUUUAGGUAUUACGAUACAUAAUGGCCGACGCCUUUAGAUCUUCAAUGAAUUGUUUUACCUUGAAUUUAUGCUUCGUAAUCCUGAGACUCCUGUCUAUCUUUGACGGUGGUUGGAAGGUUUCUCGGAUAUGGAAACGGCAGCAUCUUCUGCUCCUCUGUCUCUGCAGAGCAGAGACGGUAUUCGGGCAGGUCCGCUAUUCUGUGCAGGAGGAAAUGGCAAAGGGCUCCUUCGUGGGCAAUAUCGCACAAGACUUGGGUCUGGACGUGAAACGGCUGAAAUCGGGCCGGGCUCGGGUUUUUACGGAAGACGGUCGUGAGUAUUUUGGUCUGAAUAUUGACAAAGGGACGCUGGAAGUGAAAGAAAGGAUUGAUAGAGAGGAGCUGUGCGGCUCGGUCUCUCCAUGCUCUCUACAUUUUCAAAUCAUACUUGACAAUCCUAUGGAGCUCCAUCGCAUAGAUGUCGAAAUAUUGGACAUCAAUGACCAUGCUCCAGCUUUCGCGGAAAAGGAAAUAGUAAUACCGAUUAGCGAGUCUGCGAUACCCGGCGCUAGGUUUUCAUUAGAGAGCGCUAAAGACCCGGACGUUGGUGACAAUGCUCUUCAGUCUUAUUUACUGAAACCCACAGACCAUUUUAUAUUAAAAUUGGAAUCCCGUCCCGACGGCACUAAGUAUGUAGAAAUGCUACUGAAAACAGCCCUAGAUAGAGAGAGUCAAGAGAAUCUUAAUUUAGUCUUGACUGCAAUAGACGGAGGAACCCCUCCAAAAUCUGGCAAUAUUAAAAUACUUGUGAAUAUUCUGGAUGUAAACGAUAAUCCGCCGGUAUUUACGCAGACAGUGUAUAAAGCGUCUUUACAGGAAAAUUCAGCUAAAGGAAUCGUGUUUUUAACAGUACACGCGGCAGAUGCGGACACAGGAACAAACGGAGAGGUAACCUAUUCUUUUUCUCAGUCCAGUCAUGGCGUGUCUGAAGCAUUUAAUAUAGACCCUAUUACUGGGGAAAUUUUAGUCAAAGGUAAUAUUGAUUACGAAAGAAAUAAACAGUACGAGAUAAUUGUGAAAGCGACAGAUCAGGGUGGCUUAACUGACACUAGCAAAGUACUGAUUGAUAUUUUGGACGUGAAUGAUAAUGCUCCGGUUAUAACUGUAAUGUCGUUAUCAAGUCCUAUACCAGAAAACGCUGCGCCAGAUACGGUCGUCGCUAUGCUGAAUAUUAAAGACGCAGAUUCGGGAAAAAACGGCCAAAUUAGAUGUUCAAUCGAUGCCGAUUUACCUUUUAGAAUAAAGUCGACUUCGUCUAAUUUCCACAGUUUAGUUACUGAACGUGUUUUGGAUCGUGAAAUGGUAUCUGAAUAUAAUGUGACAAUAACAGCAAUUGACGGGGGAUCGCCAACAUAUUCUUCUAAGAAAACGCUAACUUUAAAGAUAUCAGAUAUUAAUGAUAACGCGCCUCAUUUUGAGAAACAGUCUUACACCGCUUAUGUUAUGGAGAAUAACAUACCGGGUGUAUCAAUAUACUCAGUUAAAGCAGAUGACAAGGAUUUUGGAAACAAUGCCCAUAUUUCCUACUUACUAGAAGAUACUCAGACAAAUGGAUAUUCUGUGUCCUCAUAUAUCUCCGUGAACUCGGAGACCGGUUCUAUUCAUGGUGUGCGCACUUUUGAUUUUGAGCAAAUAAAAGAAUUUCACAUUAGAAUUACAGCUCAGGAUGCAGGCUCUCCUCCAUUAAGAGGAAAUGCAUCAGUUCACAUUAUCAUCCAGGACCAGAAUGACAACGCGCCUCAGAUCCUUUACCCAGUACAGACUGGUGGCUCCUCGGUGGCAGAGAUGGUGCCUCGUUCAGCUGAUGUGGGCUAUCUUGUCACUAAAGUGGUGGCCGUCGAUGUGGACUCUGGACAGAAUGCCUGGCUCUCAUAUAAACUGCAGAAAGCGACAGACAGGGCGCUGUUUGAAGUGGGCUCACAAAACGGGGAAAUCAGAACUAUACGCCCGGUGAGUGAUAAAGACGCCAUGAAACAAAGGCUUACUGUUAUUGUGGAGGACAACGGACAGCCGUCUCGCUCAGCUACAGUCAACGUUAAUGUGAUGGUGGCGGACAGCUUCCCUGAAGUACUCUCGGAAUUCAGUGACAAUACUCACGACAAGGAUUACAAUGACAACCUGACUUUUUAUUUAGUUCUGGCUUUGGCUGUAGUGUCCUUCCUCUUCAUUUUAUCUUUAGUAGUGAUUAUAUCCGUGAAAAUCUAUAGAUGGAGACAAUCACGCAUCUUUUAUCAGUCCAAUCUGCCAGUUAUACCGUAUUAUCCAACACUUUACUCAGACGCCGGAGGUACAGGAACUUUACAGCAUAUGCACAACUACGAGGUGUACAUGACGAAUGACUCCAGGAAGAGUGACUGUAAGUUUGUCAGACCGAGCAGUCAGAGCGUUUUAAUGGUGGAUCCUAAUUCUGCUGAGAUAAUGGAGCGCACACUGCGUGAAAAGAACAUUAUGGAUGAGAAUGAUUUGAACCCAUCCAACACAGAAUGGCAUUUCGCCCAGAACCAGAGACCUGGACCCAGUGGUAAGAACAGGUUCCACACUACACAGGAGAGGUCGGCUCCCUAUGGGAUAAUGAGAGCCGGGCCCAGCCCUGAUGAAUCGGGUGUCCCCAUGUCUGGAACGGCAACCGGCCCGUGGCCUAACCCCCCCACAGAGGCUGAGCAGCUCCAAGCCCUGAUGGCAGCUGCAAACGAAGCGAAUGAGGCCAGUGGCCCCCACCUCAGACCCGGCACUAUGGGCCGCUGUGGCCCCCAGUUCGCCAUGCAGCACAUGCCAGACUACCGGCAGAACGUCUACAUCCCCGGCAGCACUGCCACCCUCCUGGCCGCUUCCCCGCAGCAAGCCCUGCCCCCUCCCCAGGAGCAGGGGCCACCUCCCAUCCAGGCUGAGCCCCCCAAGCCAGCUCAGACUCCUGCCAGCAAGAAGAAGUCGGCCAAAAAGGACAAGAAAUAAAAGCUGCGGAACAAUGUCGCUGGGUUCCGGCUCCCCGUCGCGCUUAUAUGUCGAGCCCGGCUCAGUUUAAUCUCCCCAUUCAGUUCAGUCUAAAUGUAACUUUCCUGACUGGAACUUAUCUGGUCAUGCUGGGUUCAUAUGCUCAUUCUUAACUGUGCAUCAGUCUCUAUUUCCAAGUUUGCUUGGUGCGUGUAACUUACUGUAUGAUUAUGACAGGGCUUCGUAACCGCAGAGGGUGGUUAAGCACGAGAAGAUUAAUGGAGAAAUGAAAUGUGUUCGGAUGGAUCUGAAGGUUAUGAAGCUCAGGGGUGUUAGAUGUUCCAGUGUUAGUGUGAAGAUUUUUACUUACAGAUUUGCAUCGCAUUAAACAAGUAAAAUGAUUUAAGAAAUGCUUACUGAAGACGAGAACGGCGCUGUUUUGAGUUUCCUAGAGAGCAAGCACAGGGUUUUUCACAUUUAAACCCGCAGAUUUUAAAACAUGCAUUUUUGUUACAAAGAGAGCACGUGUGACUUGCCAGACGUUUUUUUUUCUGUCGUUUCUUGGAAGAAUAGUUCAAAUAAAUCCAUAGCUCUUGUGGCGAAGAGAAGAACGUGGCUUAUAUGUGUCUAUUAACGUUAAAUCUGACGCAGGUUUGCUUUGUUGCUAAUGUUAGUCGAAUUGAAAGUUAGUCGUGUGGGCUGAGUUGAGUUGAAAGAUGUGGCUUUGGGACAGCUUUGUUCAAAUGUUGUGGGAUUGUAGCUCGCGCCUGUUGGCGGCUCUGCGGCACCGAUGACGCGACACGCGAGAUGCCAGCCAGGUUGGCCUCUCCCCUUGCUCACUCUGCAUGUUGCAUAAAUCUGCUUGUUUUAUAAGGCCCACCUGGCCUCCCACCCGCUGUUCGUCACACUCCUCCACACGCUACGCUAGUGCAUGCUGCUAACAUGAUUCGCAUGGACAGGGUGUGCUUCUUGUUUCGUGGACGUAUAAGGAAGAGCGGUUGCUGGUCUGUCUGGAGAAGCUCACUCUCUCCUCAGUCUGUACCAGUAAAUGAUGGAGCCUCUGAACUCCUGAUCUGUGGACAGAAUUGUCUCUUUCGGUGAGACUCUGGAGUACAGACCAGGGUCGAUAAGCCCUGGGACAGACACGAGGACUGAGGACAGACCAGGACAGAUAUGGCCUGGGACAGACACGAGGACUGAGGACAGACCAGGACAGAUAUGGCCUGGGACAAAGACAGACUAUGUACACGUAUCCCAGAGUGCCAUUACUGCUUUCGCUUAGUGUAAAACGGUCAGUGACACACGUUGCCUAUAUCACAAUGAUCCUUCACUCUUACACCCUAACAUGUACUACUGGAAUGUUAGCUUAUUUUUAAGUAAAAGAAAAAAAUGAAACAAAAAAAAAACUUCAUAUAAAUUGUGAAAAUAUAGUGAAAACCUGGAAUUCACAGACUAACACCACAUGUAAAUAAAUGUCAACCUUGCAAAAAGCAGAAAAAGUAGUUAGAAACAUCGAAUGUGUUGUGCAUAUUUUUGUGUUUAUUGAACUAUGUAGUGAAAAAUAAUCCGAAAAAGGCUAAAGGUUUCAGUUGUUUAUUUCUCAUGUGUCGGUGAUUUUGGUUUCCUGUUUCGUUUUGUGCAUUUGAAUCACCUGUUUAAAUGGAUAUAAACGGCUGAUUAGUCUCUUCAGUAUUCUAAUGAAACCACUUUUUAACGACUAACUCAGUGUUACAUUUAUAUGCUAAUAGUUAAAAUGCUGUUUAUUUUCUCCUUUACCUGAAAUUCAAAAAUAAAGUUUCUUCUUCAAACUG